AUGGGUAAACGGGUGGGACCGCUCACCACGAUCGCGGGGGGACUCAGUCCGGUGCUGCCGAACGUGGCCCAAACUCGAUUUGGUUGUUGCCCGGGUUUCGCUCGGGCGGCAGCGCCCAUCAGACCGGCGCGGACGUCGUUCCGAGGGUCGCCGGCGGGGAACGCUAGACGGGCCGCCGGGAACGAGGAGAGCGCGGCGGUCGCCGCUUUCGCGGCUGCCGCCGCUGUGGCGGCGAUUCGCGUCGCUGCUGCUGCUGCUGCCGCCGUCGCUGCCGUCGUGGCUCCUCCUCUCCAUUCCUCGCGAUCACCGGCACCUUUCCUUCGCUCGGCAUCAUAUGGCGCGGGCGCUUCGGCGCGACGCUCACAUUCCGCACGGCCGGCACCGGACGCACUUCCCCUCCGGUCCGUCGUCGCGACCCGUUCCCGGCGUGCAGGUCGACGCGCGGUGUCCGUAGGCGGAAGGCGCACUCUAAACUCUACCCCUGCUUGUCGGGAGCGGAGGCGUCUUCUGUCGGGCCCGCGAGCGUACUGCCCCCUUCUGCUGGGGACGGAGGAAACGAAAACGCGAUCCGUUACACGUGGCGAACCGGUUUCUUCUCGUCGGACGAUCAGCGCGGCGUUUCGCGCGCCCUCGGCGCCCCACCGUCUCGGGCGCGCGCGGGACAGUGUUCGCGGGAGCUUCGAAACCGGCGCGGCCGCGUCGAUUGCCGUGCCGGCGCGUGACGUCGUCUCGUCGCGUCGUCUUCUCCGCCCAAGGUUUAAUGAAGGUAUUCAUUCCAGUGUUGUAACUAUCAAUAUAUAUCUAUCUAUCUAUCUAUCUAUCUAUCUAUCUAUCUAUCUAUCUAUCUGCAAAAAAUUCAUUUGA